CCGCACUUGGACCAAUUGGAAUGUAAAACGUUCCCCGGUAAAUCACCUAAUUCCUGUAACCCAGAAAACGAUUAUUUCACUGUGUGUAGGGUUUUAGGCUUUUAGCCAAAAUCUCCAGACGCGAAGUGUCUCUCCGAAUUCAGGGGUGUGUGCAACAGGACCCUAUUUUUGUCCGAAGUCAUGCAUGCUAUCAAGGGUGGAUGGGUUGGACAAACAUUUGCGGUGGCUAAACAAAAUGAAUCUGGAGGCAAGAAGGCUCGCAUUCGGCAGUCAAAAGAGGGAAGGAAGACAAUGGCUGAAGCUUUUAUAAAGAAGUAUCAGAGCUUAAACAAUGGGAAUUUCCCAUCUCUUAGUCUAACUCAGAAAGAAGUUGGGGGGUCUUUCUACACUGUUCGGGAGAUUGUUCGAGAGAUAAUCCAAGAAAAUAGAGUACUGGGUCCUGCUAAGUUGGCACCGGAUGCGCAAAACACUUAUCGGUUAUCAGAACAAUACCCAUUGGGGUCAAUAGCCACGGAGCCUCAAAUGUCUUUCUCUGAAUCAACACAGGGAGGUGCUUUAAUACCUGACCACCAUUUGGGCUCAAGUGAGGAUUUAGUUAAAUGUUCUUAUGAGCGUAGUGCUGGACUUGAAACUCAGGGGUCAGACAGUGGGCAAAUUAUCAAUGGCAAUCAUGUAAUUGUGAAAGAUAAAGUAUCUGAUGCAGGUACAGAGUUGAAAAGUAAUGAAACAUUGGAAGUGGAGAUAACUUCUGUUGUAGCCAAAACAACUGAAACACUGGAUACAAACGAAGCUAUUGUAGAUGUUUCCGAAUCUGAUGCUAGUGAAACACAGGAAAUGGAGAAUACUGCUGAAGGACUUCCAACAUCUGAUGCAACUGAAAUAAUGGAUACUGACAAAGCUGUUGAGGUCUUUAAGGAAUUUUCAGCAUCUGAUGCAAAUGAAACACUGGAAACGGAGAAAACUGUUGAAACAUUUACAGCAUCUGACGCAAGUGAAAUUUUGGAAGUGGAGAAAACCAUUAAAGAAUCCUCAGCAUCUGAUGCAAUUGAAACACUGGAUACUCAGAAAACCAUUGAGGAAUUUUUAGUAUACAAGGCUAAUGUCACUCAAAUGGCAGAAGCAGAUGUGGUGGUGGAGACAUUCCCAUUAAGACGUGCUACCAAAUCAACUGACAGUUUGGGUAGCAAUCCGAAGGAACUAGCCAUGUCUUUAGAGGAAAAAGUAGUUCAGAAUGUGGAUUCAGAACUGGUGAAUGACUUCCUGCUAUCAGAUGGAAUUAGUUCCUCUGAAAAUUCUGCUUACAAAAGUAGCAGAGAUUCAUCAGGUCCAUCAUUGGAUAAAAACUCUGAUUCAGUGGGCAAGAAAGCAGUGGAGAAGCACCCUGAAGUUGAAAUGCUGGGGGCCUCCAAUGGCACCGCCACCAUUGAAGGGAGUGUACAAUAUACACCGGUUAGCACAAAUACUCAAAUCGAUAACUUAGCAUCCGAAACACAAGGGCAGGGUCUGUUGACUAGUGAAACUAUGACCAAUAGUGCUGUAAACGGCAUUCAAGAGAAAAAUCUUGAAAGUACUCAGGCCGCUGGCAGUAGUAAGGAAUCAACUGAUAGAGAGAGUGUGGCAAUUGAAAAUAAAGUUGAUUUGUUUCAGAAGAAAGAAAAUAAAGCUGAUGUUCCAUGUACGAGCAGCGCUGAUAAACAAAGCAAUCCAGUGCUAGACAGAACUAAACUCAGCAAAUCAUGGGAAAAGGCGUCUAGAAGUCCUACAGAACCAGAAAAUAACCCUCUUUGGGCUAUUUUUAAAUCAUUCAUAGCUGCCUUUGUUAAAUUCUGGUCUGAAUGAACAUUAGACUGCCUAAAUUGGGUUUUGUUUUUUUUUAUUCGUUUGCGCGUUAGAUGAACUCUCUACUGUGUACUGUCAGAGUAUUGAGUUUUCUUGCCCCCUCAUAUUUGUACUGUUUUCUUCCUCCUCAUCCAUCGCAACUAGUGUUCUUCCGGCCAUUACUAACGAUGCCAUAGCUAGUGGUCAUGAAACAUGUUGGCCUACUGGCACAACAACGCUGGAAUAAGCUUGCUAUACAGAUGGACCAUGUCAGAUGUGGUUGGACCCAGCCGUGUUGAUUUUUGAGGUUGUAGUUGUUGAAUCAGGUAAUUGUUUAUGUUACAGCUUGCAUUUUCCUCUCUUUUAAAGGUGAUAAUGGAAUAAGUCUUUUUGUGAUAAA